AUGCGAUGCGCGAGCAAGGCCGCCGAGAGCGCGUCUGCACGUCUCUGUGCGGACGCCGAAGCAGGAACCGCAGCAACUGAUGUCUCAUCGGUUGCUGAAGCGAACCAGCCUGUGUCACUUGGUGAUGCAGGCGCUGGUCAUGAAGACACUCAUGUCUUCACAGAGUACGAGCUCGGUGUUUCAUACUCUCCUGAUAUGGAAGACGGAUCCGUAUCGACGGCGAUUGAAUCCAAGCCGCCUGCCAAGCGUGGCAUGGACGAUGCUUUGCGUCGCAGCAUCUUUGGUUCAUCUGAUGAAUCAGAUGAACCAUCGCCGAAGCGAAGGCGCUCGAGGUCGCGAGACUCGGGCGCUAACAGUGGUGUCGGUUCUCCUAUGGACACCAUUUUCGCAACGAGGUGCCAGUACUUCUGUCGGCAUAUCGCAGGAAGAGAGGGACCGCAAUGUCUUGCGUCUCGCUCCCGAGAAGAAGGCAUGGAUGCCUCCCAAAUACGUCAUGGAUCACUUGUCGGCGACGUCGAGUGA